UGUAAGACAAGUUGAAAACGACCGAUUUGACAUUCAGUGCAAGGCCCAGUUAUAACACUAUGUCCUUGAAUUAUGCGCUUACCUAUAAAAUGUCCUCUUCUUCCAGCGAGCAGUCAUUUGGUUGGUUCAUAUCCCUAAUUCUCUUCGUCUGUCGUGUAAAAAUGAUGGGCUUUGGGAAUUUUAAUAUUAGCUUGUGCCUGAUAUGCAGAUUGUAUUAUCUUAGCUGUCUUUCUGAAAGGUUAUUCGAUGUCUUUUUUUGUUGUUGUUUACGUGAUCGGUGCACUUGUUUUGCGUUAGUCUGUUUAUAACAUUACGCGAGCCCACACGAACACUAAUGUGCCGAUACCAAUUGUUACGAGUAGCUUGGGGAAUCCAUCUAUUUUAUAAACCGCUUAUCCUCACUAGUUACUAAUUACUAACUUGUAGUCAGAUAUCUAGACUGCCCAGCUAUCAUUCUGCUGUAGUUUGCCCCACUAUUCUCCUUUUACGUUCUGUCCCUAGGUCUAUUCCCUAACAACCUUUUUAUGUCAGGCUGCAUUUUCAAUAAACGUUAAAAUGAUUUAAAAAAAAAAUAAACAAAAAUAAAUUGAGAAAAUAUUUCAAAUACUGUGUUGAACAAUAAAACUGCUCCAGCACAAAACGGAUGCAGCUACACCAUUCUGUAUGACAGUGCAGCUUCGCAGGACGUGCAAAAAAGAAAAAACAAAACAAAAUUCUAUGUUAAUGAUGUACAGUGGCAGGCAGAACACUGAAUUGAUCUUACAUUAGAUGGCAGAAGAUCAUCUUCUUUUCCUUUCAGCUUGUCCCGAUUAGGGGUCGCCACAGUGUGUCAUCUUUUUCCAUCUAAGCUUAUCUUGUGCAUAUUCCUCACUAACACCCACAGUCUUCAUGUCCUCCCUCACCACAUCCAUCAACUUUUUUUUGGUCUCCCUCUCGCUCUUUUGCCUGGCAGCUCUAUUCUCAGCACCCUUCUACCAAUAUACUCAUUCUCUUGCAUCUGAACAUGUCCAAAACAUCUCAGUCUGCGCUGUCCAACCUUGUCUCCAAAACAUCCAACUUUGGUUGUCCCUCUAAUGAGCUCAUUUCUAAUUCUAUCCAACCUGUUCACACCAAGCGAGAACCUCAGCAUCUUCAUUUCUGCUUCCUCCAGUUCUGCUUCCUGUUGUUUCUUCAGAGGCACCAUCUCUAAUCCGUACAUCAUGGCUGGCCUCACCACUGUUUUAUAAAAUUUGCCCUUCAUUCUAGCGGAUACUCUUCUGUCACAUAGAACACCAGACACCUUCUGCCAACUGUUCCAUCCCGCUUGAACCCGUUUCUUCACUUUCUUAUCACCAUUGCUAUGUAUUGUUGACCCUCGCCAUCUUUUCUCCCUGGAACUUCACUCUUCCUCCUCUGCCCCUCUCAUUCACAACAUAUAUUCUGUUUUACUUCAGCUAAUCUUCAUUCCUCUCUUUUCCAGUGCGUGCCCCCAUCUUUCUAAUUGUUCCUCCACCUGCUCCCUGCUUUCACUGUUGAUAACAAGGGUUAGGGUUACUAACCCUAACCCUAUCAUCUGCGAACAUCAUGGUCCAAGGGGAAUCUAGUCUAACCUCAUCUGUCAGCCUAUCCAUUACUACCGCAAACAGGAAGGGGUCAUUUAUUUAAAUAUUGGUAUUUGUAUUGAAAAAAUCUGAGUGGCACCAUCAGUGUGGGAUUUAUUCCUGAUUGAGAACAGAUCCCGCAACAAAGUAUUUGUAUACGUCCAGACUUUUCUAUGCUUUCAAACUCUUCCGUGUAAAUCUUGAUGACUUACUCAACAGAUACAUGUGUAGGUCCAGUUGUCCAAGACAAGCGGAAGCGGGUUAGCAGUCCAAUUUCUUAUCGGGGAAACAUUGACUUCAGCAUUAAAUAUGGGUCCUCUAUGCCAACUGUCUCAAAUUUUUCCACGUACCUUCGUUUAUUAUCACCUUCUAAAUGUUUAAUGGUAUCGGACAAAACUCUGGGCGUCGUGCUAUAAGACGUAUUUUCGUGUCGUCUCCAACAGACUUAGCAUUGAGCAAUGCUUUGCUUGACCGGCAGUAUGGCCAGUCACGUGACUUCGGUUUUGUAGGUGCACGAGCUCUGUAGAGGCACACAGCUGUUGCAUCGGUUAAGUUCCAGUCAGUUUUCAAAAUAAAAGACUGCGACAUGUGAAUUGCAAUAUAAUGAAAAUUUUAAUGUUUAAUUCUCUGGUCCAGUAACAAAUUCCUCAAAGCCAGGUACUAGUCCACUGACUGGUGGUUGGGGACCAGUGCCAUAGACCUUAUCCUCACUAGCGUCAGGUGCCUACUGUCACCCAUCUCAGCUACCUCUGGGCAAGAAGUGGGGUACACCCUGGACAGAAUCAUGUUGCGCCUGCCAAAUGUUGGCCGAGCUUUGGUCGGAGCCACCAAGCGCAACCUGGUUCCAUCCUACACCAUGGGGAUUAAGGUGCGUGCUGCUAGCAACAUGGUGGAGGUGUUUGUUGAUGGAAAACCAGUGGAGGUGGAGCCUGGUACUACUGUUCUACAGGCUUGUGAGAAGGCAGGAAUCCAGAUCCCAAGAUUCUGCUACCACGAGCGCCUCUCAGUUGCUGGAAAUUGUCGCAUGUGCCUAGUAGAAAUUGAGAAAGCACCAAAGCCAGUGGCAGCCUGCGCAAUGCCAGUCAUGAAGGGUUGGAACAUCCUCACAAAUUCAGAGAAGACUCGCAAAGCAAGAGAGGGAGUGAUGGAAUUCCUGCUGGCCAACCACCCACUGGACUGCCCAAUCUGUGAUCAGGGUGGAGAGUGCGACUUGCAGGAUCAGUCCAUGCAGUUUGGUUCAGACCGCAGUCGUUUCACAGAGCAGAAGCGAGCAGUGGAAGACAAGAACAUUGGACCACUCAUUAAAACGAUCAUGACUCGGUGCAUCCAGUGCACACGCUGUGUCCGUUUUGCCAGUGAAAUUGCAGGAGUUGAAGAUUUGGGAACAACAGGAAGAGGGAACAACUUGCAAAUUGGGACUUACGUGGAGAAGAUGUUCAUGUCUGAGUUGUCAGGAAACGUUAUUGAUAUUUGCCCAGUGGGUGCGCUCACCUCUAAACCGUAUGCUUUCACUGCACGGCCAUGGGAAACUAGAAAGACUGAGUCAAUUGAUGUGCUGGACGCCGUCGGCAGUAACAUUGUCGUGAGCACUAGAGGAGGUGAGGUAAUGAGGGUGUUGCCAAGGCUGAAUGAAGACAUUAAUGAAGAAUGGAUCUCUGAUAAGACCAGGUUUGCCUAUGACGGUCUGAAGCGGCAGCGGUUGACACAGCCAAUGGUAAAAGAUGAGUGGGGUCAUCUGACCCCAGCCACCUGGGAGGAUGCACUGACUCAUGUCGCUGGAGCUCUGCAAGGUGUACAGGGCAGCGAAGUGGCAGCCAUUGCGGGAGGGAUGGCAGACGCAGAAGCUCUCAUUUCCCUAAAAGAUCUCCUCAACAGGUUGAACUCGGAAAGCCUCUGCACUGAGGAGGUCUUCCCUAUGGCUGGAGCUGGAACUGAUUUGCGGUCCAAUUACCUCUUGAACACCCGUAUUGCCGGCAUAGAGGACUGUGACCUUCUUCUGCUUGUUGGGACCAACCCGCGCUAUGAGGCCCCUUUGUUCAAUGCCAGAAUCCGCAAGAGCUGGCUUCAUAAUGAGCUUCGUGUUGCCCUGGUGGGUCACAAUGUUGACCUGAGUUAUACCUAUGACCAUCUUGGAGAGGAGACAUCUGUGUUGAAUGAGCUGGCAAAUGGAACACACCCAUUGUGCCAGGUCCUUGCAGCUGCACAGCGCCCGGUUGUCAUAGUGGGCAGUAGUGCUCUCCAGAGAGCAGAUGGUGCUGCCAUUUUGAGUUUAGUUUCCACCAUCGCACAAAAUGCCAGAACCAGCAGCGGAGUGGAGGAAGGCUGGAAAGUUCUCAAUGUCCUGCAUAGAGUGGCCAGUCAAGUAGCAGCUUUGGAUCUAGGCUACAAGGCAGGUGUGGAUGCCAUCAGGAUGAACCCACCCAAAGUAUUGUUCUUGCUGGGAGCUGAUGGUGCAUGCAUCACCCGAGCUGACCUUCCUAAAGACAGCCUCAUUAUCUACCAGGGUCAUCAUGGUGACAACGGCGCAACAGUGGCGGAUAUAAUCCUCCCUGGUGCUGCAUACACAGAGAAAAAUGCCACAUAUGUCAACACGGAGGGGAGGAGCCAACACACCCAGUUAGCCGUGACGGCUCCGGGAAUGGCCCGAGAGGACUGGAAGAUCAUCAGAGCUGUGGCGGAGCUAGCAGGCGUGACGCUGCCCUAUGACUCAUUGGACGAGGUUCGAUCAAGGCUCGCUGAGGUCUCUCCAAACCUGGUGCGGUAUGAUGAUGUGGAGGAGGCAAACUAUUUUAAGCAGGCAAACGAACUUGCUAAGGGGGUGAAACAGGACCUCAUUGCUGCUCCUCUGAUACCACCUCAGCUUUCGGUAAAGGACUACUACAUGACGGACUCCAUCAGCAGAGCCUCGCAGACAAUGGCCAAGUGUGUCAAAGCCAGCACAGAAGGUGCUGCCUCUGUCGACGAGCCCUCCAUUUGUUAAACACCAGCAUGUGUCCAUAAACUCUUAGGUAUAUUAAAAUAAUUCACAUCCCUCAUCAAAUUGAGUUUUACAGGUUUUAAUUUUAAUGUGUCCUUAUUGUUGUAGCCACCUGAAUUGAUUUCACUCCUGAGAAAAAGCUUUGUAACUUAGGUAAGGCGAAAUGUACAAAAUAAAUAUUAUCCUGA